AUAAAGCAGCAAAGGCUUCUGGAACAAACCGAAAGUCGAAGACGUCUAGACAAAGAGUUCAGCUGUCAAAGUUACGAUAUUUUAGAUUGAAAUGAAUUUCUUAAAAUCCAUAUCUCUGCAAUGACAACCAGCGACGAUUUUUCUUAAAAUUCUGAGGGCAAGAAAAAAUUCAAGCAAUUAGAUCGUACAACUUAAAAAAGGUGUCAUCGUAUAAAGCUAAAUUAUUUUAAAAGAGAAACAUUCAAGGACGAUGAAUCUACAAGAAGAUUUGAUGGAAGUAAACAUUUUUUUACCAGUCUGCUAUAGAAGAGAAACAUUCAAGGACGAUGAAUCUACAAGAAGAUUUGAUGGAAGUAAACAUUUUUUUACCAGUCUGCUAUAGAAGAGAAACAUUCAAGGACGAUGAAUCUACAAGAAGAUUUGAUGGAAGUAAACAUUUUUUUACCAGUCUGCUAUAGAAGAGAAACAUUCAAGGACGAUGAAUCUACAAGAAGAUUUGAUGGAAGUAAACAUUUUUUUACCAGUCUGCUAUAGAAGGUAGCGAUGCAUUCACCCAUUCCACAUGACCUAACAAUCUACAACAAAAUUGGCUUCGAUUUCCAGAAACAUGGAUUUUGUCCCCACCAAUGGGAAAUCAGCGUUCCUCAGAAGAAUUGCAUAAUAUGGGGUGUGGUUUUGUCGUACCUCAGAACAGCCGAUUUCAUAGUUCCCGGAAAUUUCGAAGAACGCCUCCGUCGGCUUACGGAGAACACAUGCGAUCCAGAAGAAGCAAAAUUAGCCGUUUUAAAUUUCAAUCCCUUUUUCAACAUCCAUAAGUGCUUUUUCGAUCAGAUCUUGCAAAAGGUCAGCUUGUCUUUCAAGAAAAUCUUGAAUGAGAAUCGUCCUACUGCAGCAUCUAAAAAUGCGCGUCAAGAUAUACAAAUAAUCUCUACGCUACUGAAAAGUAAUAUACUGAUUGUCGAUAUAACUGAACAAAACCUACACUUAGUUACACCCUCAAACAGUCACUGCGCAGACGUGGCAGCCAUUACAUUAAUCUGCAAAGAGUACCCGAGUAAAGAAAGUAAGCAACCCAUGAAACGAUUCACGUUCUCUCUGAGUAAGGAUCUCUGCUGGGAGCUCCGUAGAACUGCCUUGCAAAUCUUUUUGGAGUCACCCGAAAUCAGGGGCGUAACCGAGCAAUUAAUAGAGCCACUGAUUGAGAAAAAAGAGAAGAAGGUAAAUAUUUUAAUUGCUCUUCUGAAAAAGAAUCUUAUACGUGAGGUAAAUGAGCUAUAUGAUUCAUCGCACAGCAUGGUCAAACUAGCGGAUGCUGGUUUCGAGACGGACCCAACAGUCCCGGAUGCAGAUGGAUUUUCGGCCUUCUAUUACGCUCUGCAAUCAGAUGAUAAUAACCUUGUUUACAUCCUGUACAGGUAUGCUGCCAACAGCUGCUUUAAAUUCGAAAAUACAUUUCGAGAUCCAAAUCCCCUCAUAAUUUCAAACUUUUCAAAACUUAAAGAAAUCCUUGAUGGAGAUUGCGCUAAGUCGAAUAAUUUUGAGAAAUUAGGUGAUAAAGAAGAGCAGGUGCGUUUGAAAUGUGAAGACUUGCAGAAAUUCAAUGAGUUUUUAACUCGUGUCAGCCGAGGUCUCAAUGACAUUCGGAAACAACCAGAAAGCAGUUCCAUGGAGAAAGCCGUUAAACAAAAAGAUGUCAUCUUGCAUAUUUUAGAUACGUACAAUGCAUUCUUUUUGGUAGGACAAUCAGGUUCGGAAGUUGAAAACUAUACAAGGCACAAAACUUAUUACGACAAUUUGGAUUUGACUGUUGCACUUCUGUUCUUUGACAACAUAUUUCUUCUUAAAAGUGUUCUGAAAUCUCCAGAAGAACGUUUAUAUUCUAAAUUAGAAUCCAGCUUUCUUUUAUCAGCUGUAACUAAUAAAAAUUUCAAUUUUGAUGCAAAAAAUUGCCAAACAUUGAGGGAUUUGGGCAUCGAAUUAUUUUCCACCAAUCUUUUUAUUUUACCGUUUUUAGAGAGGCAUAAUUUAAGAGAACAGGUUACAAAUUUCUGCUCUAUUAUUAGAGAAAAAAAACCACGUAAGAAAGACAUAGUUAAAUGCAUUCCUCAACAAGAAAUUGACGUAAUGUUAAGCUGUUUCUUGGAACUCAAGGAUGAGUUUUUAAUUUUCCGUUUAAAUCAUUAUCUGAAAACAGCUUUAGAAACAAAGCCGAAAGGCUUAAAACAAAAAUUUGCCAUCGAACGAGCUCUGCAGGUGAUAGGUGAGUCCCUAAAUGUCAGGGGAGAAGACCCUUCUUCAAUAAGGCAUCUCCUUUGCAAAUGUCUGCCAGAUGACACAUUAGAAAUCUUGAAGAAGACCAGAAACACACUAUCACACUUAAAAAGCUUCCAGUUUCCUUUCAAGUUUGAAGCAGAACUGGACGAUUCCUUAUUUGAAUCCAUUCAGUCUGAAAUUCGAAACAUGAAAGCUUUAUUUGAAGAAAUAUUUCCCGUUCAGAAAAUUCGGCUUUUGGAAUUCCUAAUCCAUCGAGGGUUGGAGUCUGUGAAAAAAUUUCCACAAUAUACAUGUAAUGUCGAGCAAACUCUUGUACAACGUAUGGAAAACUUCAGAGAAGUAAGAGAACUUAAGGAUACAUCAGAUGGAAAGGGAAAUUGCCUAUCUGUUCCUGCCAUUAAGGAAUUUUGUCGAAACCUUAUGGGAUUUGCAAGCGUUGUUCAAAGAAAAAAAAUUCUGGAAGAAAUUUCCUCUGAAGUUACAACUCGUGUAGUUGCCUUAAAAAAACUAAAGGAAGAUAUUGAAAGUGGAAUUUCUGUCGACCUGAAUAGAUUUGACAAUUUAUUUCUAAAAGCGAAAAGUGUGCAGAGUAUUAAAAAUUUUUGUAAGGAAUAUUUGGAAAUGGAAGAGGAUUCGGAAGCAAAGGCGAGAUUAAAAGUAGAACACAAGAAGUCCUUGCUGCAUAAAAUUAAAGAAUCCCCGAAUCCUUCGAAUAUUUUGGAACGAAUCUUCGAGAAAAAGAAAGUAUCCGGUUCACAGUUGAAGUUCUUGUAUAAAACGAUAGACUUUUCCAAUGAAACUAAGAGUACAUUAAAUUCAUUAAUAGAAACUUCGAAAUGCCCUUGCGGUGAUAGUCUUGAAAAUCUGCUAAAUAGGAUCAAUUACUUGUACCAGAUAUCUAUCGACGAACAAUUCGACAUCCGUUUUUUAUGGGAAAGAGCCAAAAGCCCUCAAGCUAAGCGGUACCUUGUAUAUAAAAUUGUACAGCGCUAUUUCCGUGAACCUUCCUUCCAAGCGUCCCUGGAAAUGCUUCUGUUUGAUUGCAUUGCCAUUUUGAAACAGAAUGAAGAUUUCAAAUCUUUCUGGCUUAAAGACUCGUUCCUCUUCAACGGCAUCGAUGUGAGGAAUGUUCUUGCACAUGGUGACCCUCUGCUGGAGUCUGUCGGAGACUUACUGGACCCGAAGGAUUUCGCCUCAGAGCUGGUCAAAAAGAUGCUUCAACUCAUCAAUGAUCGGGACAGCAUCGAAGCGCUUUCCGAUUUAUGGAAAAAAGCCACAGAAUCGGGAGUCAUUCCUGAAAACUCUCCGGAGUGCUGUAAGUUGAAAGAAUGUAUCGUGCGUUGUGAACGUUGGAAAGACUAUUCUAAAUUAUUAGCAGAAGAUCCGAACGUUCCUUGCCAAAAAAUUGUUUUAUUCCUUAAUAAAACGGUAGAGACAAAAAAGAAAAAAGGAAAUAGUUAAUAAAUGCAAUAGAAUUUCCGAGACAUUAGGAAAUUGAAUAAAGUGUAUUAACUGUUGUACUAUUGUUUUUUUUCCCCCGAGUGCUACAUUGAAUGAUAAUUUUAUUUUCUGUUUAAAAAAUAUUUCUCUCGUCUUUUUUACACACUUUUUUUCGCCUUGGGGCAUAUUUUAAGUUUAUGAAGGUGGAAUUCCUUCAUAUGUUUUCAGCUUCUUUCGCGAUGUCUUGUAUUAUGUAAUUUUAUAUGCUAGAUGGAUGAUCCUUCAUUAAAUUAUAUAUUGCUGGUAAAUACAUUUAUUUUUGUUAUGUUUUUUUUACAAAAAAUAGAUUACUUGUAUUGAACCUUUGAAAAAAAUUAAUUUGAACGUUAUUUUGAUUUUUUUAUAUAUAUAUUUAUAUACUAUACAUAUUGAUGAAGAACAUAAUGCAUGAUUUCAUAAUCAGAUCUGACCAGAGCUCUUGCUAA